AUGAUAGCCAUGGAAAGCUUAACUGGGAUCCUACUUCCGUGUAUCAUAGCACUCUACGUAGCCGCUUGGUUAUAUCUUCGAAAGAUAUUCCUCAAUCAGACAUCAGUUCCGCUCCAAAAUGAACCAACUACAAUAGAAGCUAUUGGAGAAGAUUUUGAUUGGGAAAAAGCCGAACCUCGACCCAUUCGUCCAUUCAAAGGAAAGAAAAUUUAUAAGAUUAACAUGGGUAUUUCAAAUCUUGCCCAGACCCCAGAGGAUUGGCUAUUGAUCGAGAAUUCUUAUCUAAAGUCUAUCGAGAUAAGGAAAUCCGUAACAACUGAAUUCCCCAAAAAUACUGUCUAUGUUCAUAAUUCUCCAGAAACUCAUUUGGCCGUUAGAGAGUUUUAUGAUAAAGUUCUCAAGUACAUGUGUGAAAGGUAUCCUCAAUAUUUUGCAAUUACAGAGAAGGGACAUGUACACAACAAAAUCACCUCUACCACCUUACCAAUAGCCCUGGAAACAGAUCCAAGAGACCUCAUUUUGUCACUUGCAGCAAACAUUGAGGAAGAUUUUUUAAUUCUUAUGAAGGACAAUCCUUCGGAUCCCGACGAAGAGUACAAACUGCGAGCAUCAUUGACCGGGUUUCCUGCUGGGUUUGACCCUUCGGAGGGUCAUAAUAAACCAAUUUCGUUUAUUCAUAGCCCAGUUCCUCAAUAUGAAUCAAAGUUGAAAUUAUCAAUGGGGAAAUUCUUUAAUAGAUUAGAGCUGAAAGACCUAUGGUGUAGACAUAAUUGGUCAAUUCAAACUCACAAGGCACGAUUUUCAUUGGCGAAUAAUCAUGCUUACGAAGGACAAAAAGUUGAACAAUUGAAAUAUGAAGAUAUCGAUUUUGAAGAAGGAGCAUUUUUAAGAGUUGAGAGACAGAUUUUAACUAGAUUACCACACCUGAGAGCGAAUAUAAUGACUGUCAGAACAUUUUUAACCCCUUUAAAGCAAAUUAAAGAGGAGGGACUUUCUAACGAAUUAUGUGAUGCUAUUGAUGGGUUACCUGACGAUGUCGCCUUCUAUAAGAAAAGGGGUGCAUGGGGCGAAGCUGUUAAGCAAUAUCUUCGAGAACCUUAG